UUGACAUUUCUUUAUUUUUAUUUAUUGUUUUGUUUUUGCAUUUUGUUGUCGACAAAAGUUAAAAAAUGUUGUGUAGAUUAUGUGUAAACGAAUGCACUGAUUUUAUUGAUAUUUUCAAAAAUAAAGAAUCUCAAUUUGAUGUAUCCAAUCUUAUAAGCUUAUAUUUUACAUUCCAUGUCCCACCUGAUGACGAAAAAUCAACAAUAGUUUGUCGAAGUUGUUUGGACAAUCUACGUAGUUUUAAUUUAUUUUGUCAAUCUGUAGAAAAUGCCCAAAAGAAAUGGCAAAUAAUUCUUGAACUUGAAGAUGAUAGAAAAAGUCAUCAUUCGAAACUAGAAUUAGAAUAUGCAAAAAACGAAAAUGACGAGGCUCUAAUAAAAAUUGAACUCUGCGAAGUCCAUCUCCAUGAAGAUGAUAACUUCGAUGGUCUUAAAGAUGAGAUCAAUCACUCGUCUCAGGAACAAGAAUUUGAAAAUGAUUCCUAUUCUGAUGACAAUGAAGAUGAACAGGCUAAUAAAACAGAAAUAAAAAUUGAACACUCAGAAGCCCAUUCAAAGUUGAAUGAUGAUGGGUUUAAUGAGCAUAAAUCUCCAAAGAAAUCCAAUAAAUCACUUUUAUCCCAACAAUUCGAUAGUCUAAUAGCAGCUCAUACAAAUUUAUUCUGUAAUGAAUGCAAUAAGCCAAUGAAAAACUUCAAAGAGUUGAAGAAACACUUUAAACUAAUUCACAAAACAACAGGUUAUAUGAUCUGUUGCAAGAGAAAAUUCUUCCGCGCUUCCGACUUAGUUGAUCACAUUAAUUUGCAUUUGAAUCCAGACUAUUUCAAGUGCGAUGAAUGUGACAAACGUCUUUCAAGUCGUUAUAGCUUAGAUUUCCAUAAGAAAACUUGCCAUGUCACUGAGGAAGAAAAAACAUCAUUCAAAUGCAAACACUGUUCUAGGAAGUUUCUUACUCAAAGUGUACGUGAUAAGCAUGAAGAAACUCAUGAAUUAAAUGAAACGGAAGAAAAAACCUAUUUUUGCACAGAAUGUGGAAAAAGUUAUCCAAAUGAAGUGAAAUUAAAAGCUCAUAAUUUCAAUGUACACAGAAUAUCUUAUAGUAAAAUGUGUCAUCUUUGUGGGAAAACUGUUCGUGGCAAUAAGGCACUUGAACGACAUCAAUUGCAACACUCGGGCAAUAAACCCAAGUUUGACUGUAAUAUCUGUGGAGCACAAUUGUCUACUAAAGGAAUUCUCAAGGCACACAUGAUAGCCUUGCACCCAGAAGAUUCAAAUGUAACUUAUACUUGCAAUAUAUGUGGCAAAAAUUCGCCUAGCCAAAGAGCGCUAAAAAAUCACAUGGACUAUGUACAUAAAUGUGAACGAUUGCAUAAAUGCACUUUAUGUGAAAAGUCUUUUAAAAAAAUUCAAGCACUAACGGAACAUUUGGCAAAACAUACAGGAGAUCGAUUGUAUAAAUGUCCUCAUUGUGAUAAGACUUUUAAAGUUCGCUCAAAUAUGCAUCAUCAUCGGAAGUUAAAACAUCCUAAAGAAUUUGAAUUAAAUCGAGGAAAACGAAUAAAAACACAAUAAAUUUCUAAUUUACAUAAC